AUGGCGCCCGGUGGCGCCGUUGCCGAGGAUGCGCUCCCUCCGGGCCUCACGUUCCAGCCCCGAGACGACGUCCUCGUCGGGAGCUACCUCCUCCGCCGCAUCCAGGGUACGCGGCCCCUCCCGCUCCAAGGUGCCAUCCUCGAGGCGGACCCGCUCAGCGCGCCGCCGUGGGAGCUCCUCGCGGGUUUCGGCCGAGGUGACGAGGCAUUCUUCUUCGCCGACGCGCGGGCCAAGAACGGGAAGGGGAAGCGGCAGAAGCGGACCGUGGAGGGGGGAGGGUUUUGGCAGGGGCAGAGGGCGUGCGUCGACGGCGAGAAGCUGCUGGUCCCCGGCGGCGACGGCGUGGCGGAGGUCGCGUGGCGCAAGUACAUGCUGAGCUUCUUCGCCGAGGGAGAGAAGGCGAGCUCCGGCUGGGUGAUGCACGAGUACUCCGUCACGGCCCCGCCCGACCUCGCCUCGUCGCCGCUCCGGCUGUACCGCGUCCGGUUCAGUGGCCACGGCAAGAAGCGGAAGAGGGAGCCGCAGCCCGACGAGGAAGGACAAGCGCUGCCCCAGAGCGCUCGUGCGGCGGUGGUGGUGGAACCUGCCAUUCCUCCUGCGGCGAUGGACGAGUCUUCGUCGGUGGUGUUUAGCCAGCUUCCAGACCUGAUCGCCCUGCCGUCCGAGGAAGCUGAUGCAACGACGCUGCCCCCGCCGCCACAGCCUCUACUUCCCCCCGCACCAGCAGCGUUAGUGCGAUUUGCCGACGAUGCUGGAGGCGCUUCCACCGAUUCUUCCAUGGUGUCUACUCAACCUCCAGAGCUCACUGUCCUGCCACUGCCAGCAGAGGAAGCUGACGCAGCGCCGGCACCUUCUGGGAUGUCGUGGCCGGACAACCAGAGCGACUACUCAUCGAGCAUCAUGGACGGCGAGCCGCUGGACUGGUCUGGUUAUGAUUUUCCAGAGAACAUCGAUGAUGUGCUCAGUUGCAUCGACUUCACAGCCACGGCCGACCAAUGCAGUAGCCUGGACUUCUGCCUGGACAACCUCUUCAAUGAUCUGCAGGCUGACUAG